GUGAAACUUCCAGGGCGCGAAUAAAAGUUCUCAUUUUGAAAAAUACGCGGGAUAAUUUCUUGUUUGUGUGCGCGAACGUGUCUAUCUCUACACUGUCUAACAUUUCAAAAUGAGGAUUUGUAAGGGGACAUCAGAUAAGCAUGGCCUUGUGGCUGUUAUCUUUUUCUUGUUGGGAAUGGGAACUCUUCUUCCAUGGAACUUCUUCAUAACCGCAAUGAAUUAUUUCACUGACCGUUUGAGAAAUGGUACAGAUUCUUCACAGCCAGACCCAUAUAUGUUUGAUAACAUGAGUGUGUUGUUAGCCCAGCUUCCCUUGCUGCUAUUCACACUUCUCAACUCCUUUCUAUACCAGCACAUUGCGGAGAAGAUGCGGAUUGCGGGUAGCAUGGCCUCCAUAUUACUUCUCUUCAUUCUCACAGCCAUUUUAGUAAAAGUUAAGAUGGACCAGGACCAAUUCUUUUCCAUUACCAUGGCAACGAUCUGGUUUAUUAACAUGUUUGGGGCCAUUCUACAAGGUAGUCUGUUUGGUCUGGUCAGUAAGCUGCCCCCGAGAUACAGCUCCCUGUUUAUGAGUGGACAGGCAGUGGCAGGAAUCUUCUCGGGUCUUGCCAUGCUGUUAUCGAAUAUCUUUAAAACCGACUCUGAGAGUUCUGCCCUUGGAUAUUUCAUUACCCCCUGUGCCGCCACUCUACUUACUUUGUGCUGCUAUCUCAUACUUCCGCAUCUGAGAUUUGCCCAACUUUAUUUGGAAAAUGUGUCCCCUAAAACUGCAGAGACACAGAAAGAGGCACCAGCAGAUAGUUCUGAGAUGGCAAAAAUGAAGUUAGAUUAUGCUGACAAUGGAUUCAAUAUCAUUGGUGAAACUGAAGCAUGUACAAAGCAGAAUGAGCUCCAACAAGAACCUGAGGAGAAGUCAACUGUGCUACAGGUCUUCAAAAGGAUAUGGGUGAUGGCAUUUUGUGUGACAUGCGUGUUUACCGUCACACUGUCCGUUUUCCCGGCAAUUACAGUAAAUACAAAAUCUUCUGGCUUAUUUGAAGAGAACAUCUUCAUACCUUUGUGUUCAUUCAUUGUCUUCAAUGUGAUGGACUGGAUAGGCAGAAGUCUCACUUCUCGUUUUCAGUGGCCUUCGAUGAGGAGUAAUUUAUUCCCUCUUUUCGUGGUAUUACGGGUAGUUUUCAUUCCUGCCCUCAUGCUCUGCAACGUUCAGCCUCGCUUCUAUCUUCCAGUCUUUUUCAAUCAUGACGUGGCUUAUAUUAUCUCCAUGUCUUUGUUUGCCAUCACAAGUGGAUAUUUUGCCUGCCUCUCCAUGAGCUAUGCUCCACAGCUGGUGAGGCCUAAAGAUGCAGAGACAGCAGGGGCUCUGAUGACCUUUUUCCUGGCUUUGGGACUCUCUCUGGGUGCCGCUCUCUCCUUUGGCCUUAAAAAAAUUCUUUAGGGAAAAUCUCACAAGCUGACACAAACAUGUUUCGAAUGAGAACUGUCUGAGGCCUUUGUAUAUUUAUAUUUCCUCGUUUAAUUCAACUAUUCUCUGGACUUUAUAGUCAUGAUUUUUAAUAUCUCAUUAAGGAAAGAAGGAGAAACAAAUUUAGAUACCAUAGAUGUGAAGGUUUUAUCUUAAUCUUAUGGGGUAUUUAUGUUCCUUCCUUUCACUUUUACAUUUCCAAGGGAUG